GUUGAUCUUUCACACUUGUCCCCAGAGGAGAGAUGGAGGGUGGAGCACGCACGGAUGCAUGCCAAGCACCGUGGUCACGAGGCUAUGCAUGCCGAAAUGGUCCUCAUCCUUAUCGCCACGCUUGUGGUGGCACAGCUCCUGCUGGUUCAGUGGAAACAGAGGCACCCUCGCUCCUACAACAUGGUGACCCUCUUCCAGAUGUGGGUAGUGCCUCUGUAUUUCACAAUCAAGCUGUACUGGUGGCGGUUCCUGGUAAUCUGGGUGCUCUUCUCAGCGGUCACAGCUUUUGUCACCUUCAGGGCAACUCGAAAACCUCUGGUACAGACAACGCCCAGGCUGGUUUACAAAUGGUUUCUACUAAUAUACAAGAUCAGCUACGCCACUGGAAUUGUAGGGUACAUGGCUGUGAUGUUUACACUUUUUGGUCUUAACUUAUUAUUCAGAAUCAAACCAGAAGAUGCGAUGGACUUUGGCAUCUCCCUCCUCUUCUAUGGUCUUUACUAUGGGGUGCUGGAGCGGGACUUUGCCGAGAUGUGUGCGGAUUACAUGGCCUCGACGAUCGGGUUCUACAGCGCCUCGGGGAUGCCCACCAAGCACCUCUCCGACAGCGUCUGCGCCGUCUGCGGCCAGCAGAUCUUUGUGGACGUCAACGAGGAGGGGAUCAUCGAGAACACCUACCGCCUCUCCUGCAACAACGUGUUUCACGAGUUCUGUAUCCGUGGCUGGUGCAUUGUCGGGAAGAAGCAGACGUGUCCGUACUGCAAAGAGAAGGUGGAUCUCAAGAGGAUGUUCAGUAACCCGUAUCCUUUCUCCUUGUGGGACCCAGCACCUUGCAAAGGGGAGCAGUGGGUGUAG